AUGACGAGUGCAAAAAAGCAACCAUACGUUAAUCCAAGAAUUAGAGGGAUAUCAGGCGAUGAUGAAAAAGAAGUAUUAAGAAAGCUACAACUGUUGUGUCGAUACGAUAGUGAGAAUGAAAUGGUAAAUUUAGAAACGGUUACAAACAAAUGGAAAAAAGCAGCUUGGAAGGCACUACAAGAACUGAUUUCUUUUUCUGGAGAGAAAACAACUGAACAAGAAAUAUUAAGUAAAGUGGGGAUAGAUCCUGCUACUAUCACACUCAAACCAGAAGAAUUGUAGUACCGGGCAAAUAACUGUUUAUAUAAUACAUAUUCACACUCC